UUAUGAUAAUCAACAAACCAUCUUCAUCGUCUAUCCAACAAAGAUUGAGUGUGUGAGACUCACAAAAACAAAAACAAAAAAUCUCUUUUUUAGGAUCCAAUGGAAUCUGUGAGGAAAGAACCUAGUCCCUCUGAGAGUACCUCGUGUGUCAUUUCAGCACCAGAUGCCCCUUCAAUUUCAGAUGAACAACUCAAAAAGCCAAAACCCAGACUCCAACUAGAUCUAAAGCUAUCCACAAGUGAUUCUGAUGUUCCUGCCUUCAAUUUCAACCAAGAACUCAAUCUUAUUGGUUCUUUGAACACACCAGAAACACCCCAACCUGCAGAUUCUGAGCAAAGAGUUUUCUCAUGCAACUAUUGCCAAAGAAAAUUCUACAGUUCUCAAGCUCUUGGGGGACACCAAAAUGCCCACAAAAGGGAGAGAACUCUAGCUAAAAGAGCUCAAAGGAUAGGAGUUCAUGCAGCUUUUGGAGGGCACCCAUAUUUCCAUCACAAUCACUGUUCUAGCUUGGCUUCUUUUCCACUACAAGGUCCACACAAUAGAUCUCUGGGAAUUGAAGUGCAUUCUUCAAUGAUCCAUGAACCUUCUCGUAUGAUCUCUUCAUCAGCUGGGUUUGGAAAUGUGUAUGGGCACCCUAGUUGGAGUAGGCUUCCUAUAAACCAACAACCAGCAAUAGGGAAGUUAUCAACGGAGAAUUCCCAUGCAAUCUCAAGACCAGGAUCAACCUCUCGAGCAAGUCUCGGCAGGUUCGACAACGUAAUGAGGUCAAGAAUGAUGGGUUUGGGUUCUUCAGCUGAUGAUGGUCAGGUGAUUGGUAAUUCUUGGUGGUCAAAUGGUGGUGGUGGUGGUGGUAGUCUGAAUCGGAAGACGGAGCUGCAAGAGGUACACAAGCGUCCUAGUGAUAUUAAAUUUCAAAUAUUGGAAUAAUAGAGGGAGUGAGGGCAGAAUUAGACCCAAUUGAUUCUAAUUCGGCUAUCAUAUCUUAGGGCUGAAGCAGAUUCAAGGGGAAAAAAGGCCCAUGCUUGUGCAAAUCUGGUUCCUCAAGUUAAGCAAUGAAGACCCUGUGGUCAACUUCAACUGAGUCAAACUGAUAAGGGUGUGGAUUGAAUCUGAAGGAGUCAUUUUCAAAUAAUAUACAUAAACUGCUGAUGUUUAUCCAAUUAUCAGCAAUCAGCAAUGCCUGACUUGGACGGAUAAUACUGGUUCCACGUCUCAAUGUAUAUGCAUGAAAUAUUUGUAAAUUAUACGUGAGCAUUUGCUAUAUUGAUAGUGCAUUUUUAUAAUUCCGCAGAUGUGUCACGUAUCCUAAUUUUUAUAUAUUUAUUUUUUAAAAUUUUACUACACUUUACAUACUUGGCUAUUAGUGUACCAAAAUUUUCCUUUUUUUGGUAUUACAUUUUGGAUUGAAUCCACCAUGCUAUUGCUGAUGUUCCCAACAGUCGCCAAGUGACAAACAAAAGGAAAAA